CUGCAGGCAUCCUCCAUUGUAUGCAUUUUUAUGCUGGGGAUCGCCCCUAGCAACGGACUACAAGGGCAGGAUCUGCUCCCCCAGUAUAUAUGCACAACUGCAUUUGGGGUUGAGCACCUCCAGCCAUUUGAGACCACAUUUUUUGUUGUUGUCAUCUCUUAAAAGACGUUCGGCACACCUCCAGCACCAACGAAGAAAGUGAGUUCAAGGAGUAUGGCACGGUUGCUGCCAUCAGUGUUGGAAGGGUAAGAGUAUAGGGGGUGGACUAAUUCAAGAACCAAAGCCAUAUAAAUCCAAAACCAGAGUACAAGAGACAACCACUAGAGAGCAGCACUGAAGCCUGUGCAGGUACUUUAUACGGCAAUAUAUACAGAGUAAGAAGGGAGAUAGGUCCACCACAUAAACGACAACACAUAGUCACUGAAGUGAACGUGUCUUCUGCCAUGUCACGGAGGUCCAAGAGUUCAGACAAUAGGAAAGUCCAAGAGUUCAAAUUAUAGGAAAGUGAAUUCCAUUAACUGGUGAUCGAAAAUCAUAGGCCCAGAUUUAUCCUACUGUGUGAGAGAAAAAGUGGAGUGAUUUGUUUACUGAGCUGUGAUUGGUCGCUGUGGAAAAAUCACUCCCCUUUUUAUAGCCAUAGACUCCACCAAUGUGAUCACAUGUCCUGGAUUUACCGGUCAAAAACAAGGAAUUCCACCACAAUAACAAGUCAUUGGACGCUACGAGUUAAAUUUGCAGAGUAAACAACCAAGGCCUAUAUAUUGUAAUAAGUUCUUUGGGGAGUAUUUCGCAAGGACGUGUCUGGACUUGUCUACCACUCCUUUGGGACAAACAGUGGGGGGUCACAUGGCCUAUAUAUAAGUGAAGGAAAUUUAUUUGGAAAGUGCAGAAGUGCAGACUGGGUCGAAGGACAUUUCUAAAUUUCUUCACCAUGUGCGUGUUACCACUAAUCCUACUCGGAAUGUUUUCCAGGCUCUGUAGCAGUGACCAAUCAUGUCCGGAAGUGAAAGUUUUGGGGAUUGGGGACUCAGACAAAUUAACAAUUCUUAGAGGCUGUCCUGGUCAUCCCGGCCUUCCAGGUCAAAAAGGAGAUGUUGGGACUCUGGGAGAAAAAGGGCAAAAGGGAUCUGUGGGGGAGCCAGGAAAAGUCGGACCCCCAGGCGUAAAAGGAGAAAGAGGAUUUGUGGGGGAACCAGGAAAGGAUGGACCUGCAGGACAAAAAGGAGAGAAAGGAGAAAGUGGUGUGAGUGAGGGAGGCUAUGCUGUCAGGAACUGCAAAGAAGUCCAGAACCAGGGGGCAGUGCUCAGUGACUGGUACACCAUAUACCCGGAUGGCAGCCAGCCCCUGAAGGUCCUGUGUGAUAUGGACACCGAUGGAGGGGGGUGGAUUGUAAUACAGAGACGUUGGGACGGGUCAGUGGACUUCUUCCGUACUUGGGAUGCUUAUAAGAAAGGGUUUGGAAGUCGGCUAAAUGAAUUUUGGCUGGGAAAUGAUAAUAUUCAUCAAAUAACUUCAACAGGCACAUGGGAAUUACGUGUUGAUCUACAAGAUUUUGAAGGUAAAAAGGUGUUCGCCAAGUAUUCAAACUUCAAAGUCUUGGAUGAAUCUGAGAAAUAUGCAUUAAUAAUAGGAUCCUUUCAGGGAGGAACUGCAGGAGAUUCUAUGGGAGGUCUAAGCAACACCAAGUUUAGUACUAAAGAUGAAGACAACGACACUUUUGAGACCAGCAGCUGUUCCCAAGCACAUAAAGGUGGCUGGUGGUAUACCAAAUGUCAUGGAGCCAACCUGAAUGGAUUAUACCACCGAGGAGAGCACACAUCCUACGCAGAUGGCAUCAACUGGUCUUCUGCAAGAGGGUAUAACUACUCAUUCAAGCAGGCAGAAAUGAAGAUUAGAGCGGUUUCAAAAUAAAAUGCUCACCUGAUGGAAUUAUUCUAAAGGCCACAACAAUAGAUAGGUUAUGUUCACACAAUGGAAUAUCGGUGCAGAAUUCCGCAGAAAAAUUCCACAUGGACAUUCUGCAGCAGCAAAGUUCCAUUGAUUUCAAUGGGAUUCUGCUGCGCUGUGCACACAACGGAAUUUCUGCUGCAGAUGUUUCUGCUGCGGAAAUCCCCAUUUCGGAGUCCACAGAAAGAACAGACAUGUCUAGUCUUUCUACGGAGUCUGCACUGUAAUGGAUUGCUGUCUAUGAGAGAGCGCAUUGCCGAGCGGUCUUAGCACUGCCAUAUUCUGCUGGUGCUCCGCUGUCGGUGAAAUGUCUGCAUAACAGAUCAAUCCCACUGGGGAGAACAGGAUCCCAACAAUUGCAGCAAUGAGUCCCAGAUCAACAUCCAUGGAAGUGAAUGUGAGUCCAAAGGAAAAGUGGAAAAAACAACAGCUGUAUCGCAAAUUGCGCAAAACUAAAGAAGGGACACGGUAAAGUGAACUAAAAAUAAACGUAUAUAAACACGUUUUCAGAGAUUUGUCUCCUACCACAAGGCAUAAAGUCCACAAACAUACAUUUAUUGUUGGCGCCUCUAGCUCUACAAUAUGGCGCCAACUAACAAUACUAAAAUGCAUCUAAACAUAUGGAGUAAAUACAUAAACAAAUUCCAUAAAAAUUGCAACCAAUAAUAAUAAUAAUAAUAAACUUAAACAUGCAAGUUUAUUAUCAUUAUUAUAAUUGGAUGAAAUUUGUUUACAGUUUACAUGGUUCACAUAGUUUACUACAAAAAUGGUUUGUGUCUCUGGCUGUCCAGGCAUGAUGGGCGAAACGUACGUUGGGGUAGGAGGAGGGGGGGGGUGUGGCUGCAUGGCCGGAGGACUUUAUGUUGUUUUUUUCAUUCUCUUCUUGUGAAUUCCUUAUUCAUUUUAUUUUUCCUUUUAGGAUAUGCAUUGGUGUUUCACUGUUACAUUUUUUACUUCUUAUACCUAUAUCUACAUUCUGUAAUUGUAUUCAGUGAUCCCUUUUAUAUUCUUGUAGUUUUUUGUACACCACUAAUUCCCUGUACUCCAUGUAUUUCCAUGCAUUUUGUCUGCCCCCAUCUUCUGUGACUGCUAUUGUAGUGCCUUGUUUUAUCCUUUCCUAUUUUUAAUUUUUUGUAUGUAUAUUUUACAUAUGUGUUUAAUAAAGUUAUCUACAUUUUACAUG